UACGCUACAAAUUUUGCAAGUUGCGAUGACUACCUCUGUCUAUAAAAAGAUUUUCGAAAUUGCUGUGGCGAAACUAGCAGUGCUGACAUCACAGUGAAUGUCUGCGUCCAUCUCACUAUGUAUGAGUACCUCAUUUAUUGAAGCAAUGGGAGGCGACUCCAUGGAGAGCGCUGCUCAACGGGUUGCCAACCACAUAGAGAACACUAUAGACACUGCCGAUAUCUACAAUAAAUUGACUCAAAAUGGCACUUGUCCUGUUUCUGGGCUUGGUGAUAGGUUUUAUACUAAGGGUGGUCUCGAAUUUGUUCUGAGACGACGAUUGCCGAUGCCAGAAGAGCUUGCAUAUCAAAUCAGAAACAUGCGAUCUCAAUUUAGCAUGGGAUUGUUUCCGGAAAUCUCACGAGCUUGGAUUGUUAUAGAUAGUGAUAUUUUUAUGUGGAAUUAUGACACGAAUGAUGAUCUUGCUUAUUUUGAUGCCGUGGAAAGCACUGUCCUGAAAAUUGCUCUAGCACGGGUAAAAUCUGAUGUUUUCGCGUCCCAUAUAACUCACGGUUUGGUCGUGGGUACCGUCACAGAUCUCUCGUUAUACCCUGUUAUUAUGGAUUUUGAUCCUGUCACUGGAAGACCUGGUAUAGCUAUCGAUGCCAGUCACUUUUUCAAGAUUGCUCUGGAUAAUUGUUCCUUGAAUGACAUUGUGUCCACCAACAAUGGGAGGAUAUUCUUCACUGCUGACGAUAGACUCUAUGAAUUCGUCUACGAGCACAAUACUGGUUGGUUUGGCGGUGGCCGUAAGUGUCGUGUGGUCAAUCAGUCAGUCACACUAUUGAGCACCUUGAUCCCAUUCCUAGGACCUGGGAGUGAAGAAUUGGAACAAAUAGCUGUUGACAAGUCACGAAAUAUACUUUACUGUCUGGGAAAGAACGGCUCGAUACAGGUAUUUGAUCUUGGUGCGGAUGGCAAUCAGUGCUCUAGGGUCUGCGUAGUGAGUGCUGGACAAAUUGCUAGCGAGGCCCAUUUGAUGACACAAUAUGGGCAUGAAGAGAGUACGUUUACGAAUAUUGCUACAAUAUGUGCGCUCGAAGCAGAACAAUCGAAUCAACUCAAUCUGGUUGCAAUCACUACCAAAGGAGUCCGGAUAUACUUCUCAGUAUUAGCACGAACCGUUGCUGCGCCUAACCAACAGGGGCAGUAUCUGUCGCAGAUCACUUAUAAGAGCCUUUCCCAGCAGGAGGUUCGGCCGCAGUGCCUCCGAGUAGCACAUGUUAGGUUCUCCCCGGGAGUUGCUCCUACCUCUAUAUACCGAGAUACUCCUCAAGGAGUUUCUAUAGCCUACGCUGAUCAAAGCAUAUGUGUUAUGGCUACAGCGAAUCGUCAGCUAGUUUGGGCCUUGUCAGAUUUAUAUCAUCCUCAUUCCAAGGUUUAUUGUGAGUCGAUGAACGAUCUGCAAGUGUCUGGUAAUGUGUGGGCCAUCACUCCCGUCUCGGAAAAGGCACUACAAGAACAACCUUCAGAGCCUGGCAUGAUAGCAAGAGUAUUGCCACAUCCAUUUUUUCGACAGUCAGUUGAAAGCAAGAAACGCUUGAUCAUCUGCUCCAACGAGGGAAUUCAUGAGUUUGACUAUGUCACACCGCGUGAUGCCCUGCGUGAAGCUCUGUUUGAUGGCGGGCCUGAAGGAAGGGCUGCUGUGCAGUUGUUGCAGCAGUUUGGUGCAACGGAAGUGCUCGUACUAGCUCUUUCCGUUCUGACCAGCGAUGCAGCAGUGGAUGAGAGGAUAAAGGAUAAAGCUGCUCAGCUAUUCUACAGUUUCAAAGAUGGACCGGAGCUUGUGGAUGCUGAGCAAGUUCGAGGUUUUGAAUCAACUUGGUCACCAGGAGACAGUAUAGCUGAUUGGAAAUACAAAAUGCGCUCACCCCUUCACGCUUCCACUCCUCGAUUUGAGAACCAGCCAAGUAGCGCUGUAUCGUCUCCUUUCUCACCAACUAUGAGCAGGCCAUUAGCUGGUGGAGGUCAAGGAUAUCAGCACUCGCCCAGUCGCCGUCAUGAUGCGCUUUAUUACUAUUUUUCACGUCUAGUUGCUCCAAUAUGGAAUCAUGCUAUAUGCCGGAUCAGAGAUGGAGCGUUGGUCACAUCUUUAACUACUUCUGAAAUGGAUUGGUUAUCAAAGGAAUUGCGAAAACUAGGUCGAGUCAUGGAGGAAUAUGGAUUGUUGCCCAAACCCGAUGUGACAUGGAAUAACACUGCCGUAGGAAAACUCAACGUGCAAGCUUCCAACUUGGAGCGACAGUCGUUGAUCGCAUUGCGUAAACUGAUUGAAUCAUCUGCUGAAGUCCUUUCUCUCUGGUCAACGGCGAACUCAUUUGAUCUCACUGCAAUCUCUGCCAGCAUGGAUCCCUCUGUUCUACCUAACUUGGCCGGUCGACCUUUUUGCCACUUGGCUUGCGAUGGCCAACAUCUCAGUGGAGAUCUCAUUAGGGCCAUGAUCAAGUAUUUCCUGGGAGAUGAAGCAGGUACCAAAGAUCUUUCGGAGAAGUUGAGAGCGCUCUGCCCUAAUUUGUAUUCGAAGGAUGAUGCUUGCGUUACCAAUGCUAUGGAGCAGUUAAAAAUGGCAUCUUCAUCCACGUCAGGAGCAUCACGUCAAAGCCUCAUAGACAGAGCCUGUGAACUUUUCAGCCAGUCUAUCGGAAAGGUUUCACUUCCAGUAGUCUGCCGUUCACUUGCUGAUUUGGGAGCUUUUGAACAAUUGGCAAAUCUUUGUCUGCUGAAAGCUAAACGGGACGAUCCCAAACAACUUGCUCUGAUGGCGUACAGGCAUGGGAGAGCUGGUGAAGAUCGAGAAGUGCAAGCUGCAGAGAAACGAAGGGCAGAGAGCUACAAGUGUAUGACCGAUGUAUUAGAUGACUUGGAGGCAUCUUCAUCAAGAUCAUCUCCGACUUCUACGGACAGUGCUGUGAACUCUGAUCUGAUAAUCUCGUGCAUAACAUCCAGCGAUGAUGAACUAGCACAUGCUGCAUUAUUUCGGUGGAUGCUGGAGAGAGGCAAAGCGAACCAUAUCUUGCAAAGCAAAUCUCCAUAUGUCGAGCAGUUUCUUACCCAUGAGAUCAGUUGCGGACGAGGCCAGAGAUAUCUGGAUCUACUUUGGCGGUUUUAUGAAAAAGCUGGUCACUAUGACAAGGCUGCUAUUUUGCUGAGUCGGCUUGCUGACAAUGAAAACGAAGAAAUCUCACUUUCCCAGCGGUUCGCAUACCUAUCCCAUGCGAUCAUCUGCGCUCAAGCUGGAAGUGAUCCAAAGACGAAAGCCAUGAUCCAGGAAUUACGCGAUAAAGUUGAAGUAGCACAUAUACAGAUGGCUAUAAAGGAAUGUAUGGAUAUCCGAACACCCAAGCAGCAAGAACUUGUGAGACUGCUUGAUGGGCCGAUUCUCUCUUUGCAAUUGUUGUUGGAGAAGUUUGCCGCCCCAUAUGGUCUCUACAAGAUCCAAUUAGCAAUAUUCCAUUGCGCUAAUUUGUACAGUGAAGAGCCUAUAAUGGCGGUUUGGGAGAAUAUACUGCAGUCAGAAUUCAAAUAUGACGGAGAAGUCUCAGAACGAUUACUUUGCACACUACAUGAACUCCAUGCUAUCUAUGGCUCAACGAAUUACUUCCCAAAAAACUUCAUAUUGCGACGAUUGCUUGAGCUAGGAUCUGGUUUGAGUGAGCGAUUUAGGCGAGGAAUUCUUCCACCCAGCUUUUUUGUGUCACUCAUCAACAAACUGGAGCUCAGCUAUGUCGAUUUCAUAGAAGUUUUGUCAUCAGAAUAUAGAACUGGAGAUCCUUGGUGGACGCAGAAUGAAGCUGGACAAAGGUAUAUCAUGGAGGUUGGAAUAGCCGUAGUUCAAGCUUUCCUAGAUAGUGGAGCAAAAUUCACACCCAUGGAAAGGGCGAAAAUAGCAGCUAUAUGUGAUUCAUGUGUGUCGAUGUUCUCCCUUGAUGCUCGAGCUGUCUCGUCACAACAUCUUUUGCAGCUUGAUCGGCAUUUUUCUGCGCUACACCUACGUCUCACUGCAAUGUCCUCAUAAUAUAGAUAGUUUCAUUAUUCAAGUUAUUGUUGAAUUUGGAUAAAUAAAACGGAAAAUUCAGUACGUUGAUGUUAUUGGUUGUUAGCCAUUACUCUCAUUUGUUGUUGAUAUGUAUGACAUUCUUGUUCUUUCAUUUAUAUACUCGCCAGCGUACUCAAAUUCCGUUGAUAUGCAUUCGGUUAAUCUCUGUUCAAUUACGUUGAUCUACGGCUACCUUGAAAUAGAACGUCUCUACCAUGCAAAGGAGGUACAAAUGUUGAUGUUUACUAGUAGGUGAUAUAUGAUUGUUUUCUACGUCAGUAUGUAUGUUGUUUAGUCGUAAACAAUUAAACAUUUUCUGUC